AUGUCUUUCUUUUACUUAUAUGCAGAGAAUUAUGUUGCAUCUGUAGCUUCUACUACUACUGCCAGUGACAGAUCAGUGGAUGAACGGGUUUCUAAUCGAAUCAGUGAAGCGUGUUCGAAAGAUGAUAUUGCAGUAUACCAAGGUCCAACAACUCCACUUCCAAAUGGUAUACCAACAUACACAGUACAAAUACUGAAUCUAUGUCUAUCAGAAGGCUGUAGCAUAUCAAACAUACAUGUAAGUUGUGGAUGGUUUAGUUCUGCUAGGUUGAUCAAUCCAAGACUGUUUCGUCGACAAAAUUAUGAUGACAGUCUGGUUAACAAUGGAGAAGCCAUUGGACCUGGUGAUAGCUUAUCUUUCCAGUAUGCUAAUAGCUUUCAAUAUCCGCUUUAUGUAUCUUCUGUUACAUGUUGA